AUGAAGGGAAAAGUUUCAAAAUUAGCAAAUCUUUUACUUUGGAGCAAAAAGAAGAAGAUAAGUGAGAACCAAAAAGAAACUAAAUUAGGAAUCAAAUUGAAAUUUUUGAAUACCGGAACCACUUUUGAUUUAACCCAAGUUCUGGCUGAGAUUCCUUUUUCCCCAGAAAGUUUACUCAGUUUAUUUGGUCAAGAAGAAAUCAUUGAAAAUAGUUUACAACUGGGAAAAAGUGAAAAAAAAACUGAUAAAGCCAUUCCGCGGUUCUUAUUUGACGAAAAAAAUUCUUAUUUUUUACUCGGCAAGCUCGGUCGCCAAAAAUUCAAUCGGAAAAUGAACGUUCUUUUGCGCCUCAGCGGACAAACUUUGGCGGAAGACCUAAAAGACAAGACCGGACAAGUAAUCUUUCCCGCGGGAACUGUUCUAAGCGAAGAAGAAAUCUCCACUCUCCAAAAUUUAAUUCAAGGAAAUCGUUUGCCGCUAUUCACCCUGGAAAAUUAUCAAUUCUAUUCAUUCACAGUUACUUCACCACUUGCUCCCCAAAAAAAAAUUAAUGUUUUAGGCUCCGCAGAAAAAGAUAACAAAGACGAAGAAAAAGAUAGUUUAGAAAAUCAAGUAAUUCGGCGAGUUGGCGACUUGCUUUACAAUAUUUUUGACAAUAAAUUUGGGGUUUUCAAACAAGAAAUUGAAAAAAAACACCUCUUCACUAUUUCGCAACUAAACAAAGCUGAACCGACUAAAUUACCCAAAAUCCAAGAGUUUAAUAAAGUUUUAAAAACUUUUUUUCAUUCCUCUACUUUGGUGCAACUCCAAAACGAAAAUAACCCUUUAGCCGAAGUUUCCCAUAUUCGCAAAGUUAGUUCUUUGGGUCUCGGUGGCUUUAAUUUAACCAACGUCAGUCCAGGCAUUCGCAAUAUCAAUCCUUCUUACUAUGGUCGUUAUUGCUCCGUGGAAACUCCCGAAGGACAAAAAGUGGGGCUAAUCCAUAACUUAACCUUAAAUGCCAAAGUUGACAAAUACGGACAAGCCUUGGCUCCUUAUUAUUUAGUUAAACAAGGAAAAAUUACCCCGGAAAUUGUCUAUUUAACUGCCGAGGAAGAACUAGAAAAAUAUAUCACUCAUUGCAAUAUUAAAAUUAAUGAAAAUAACCUGAUUGAAGAAGACAAAAUUUGA